UUUUCUCUCAUAAAAUCGCGACCGCGUAUUUUAUUCCUUCUCCGCUCGCAAAACUGUCACUCGCCUGCUUCCAAAAACCCUAAUGCCGCCUUCCGUCCUCCAAAAACCCUAGGCUGGCGUCGGCGGAGAUGGCAGUGACACGCCGAAUCCGCGGAGAUCGGCGAGAAUCUAGACCCUAGAUGCGAGACCUCGUUCGUGCGGUACGAUCCCUUUCAAGGUAGAUUUGUUCCCAACCAAACCCACUGGCAAUGGAGAGCGACAUGGCGAUGGCCCGAGGCAGUGAUCCCGUUGAGACCCCGGAGGGCGGGGCUUCCGAGAUCACGGGAGAGGACGGCGUGGCGGUGAGGUCGCCGUGGAGGAAGCCGGCGGCGCCGCCCGUUGCGGCGGCGGAGGGUAGGAGGGCCGAGGGCCCGGUGAUGGGGGCGGAGUCGUGGCCGGCGCUCACGGAUGCCAGGACGAAGGCUGAUUAUGAUGCUGCUGUGACGAGGCUGGCUCCGUCACCUGUGCCUCCACCGGCGGCGGCGUCCCCGGCGGGGACUGUGGGUCCGGUUCCAAGUAACGGGUCACCACUGCCACCGCCUCUUCCGUUUCAGGGAUCAAUUGGAAUGCGUAAAUCUGAUGGAUUUGGAAGAGGUAAUUCUUCCAAUAGGCAUCAUCCAGUGCACCCUCAUAAACAUGGUCCCAAGCGAAAUGCCCCUUCAAAUGGUGUGCCACCAUUUCCUGUCCCCCUGCCAUACCACCAACAACCAGGUCAACCGAUGUUAUACCCUAUCGUGCCACCUCCACCUCUGGUGGUUCAUGAGUAUGCCUAUCAGUCGUGCCCUGCACCGUUUCCUAAUGGUGAACCACAUAUUGCAAAGCCUGGAUGUGAAACUCCCUUGCCGGCUUUUACUCCAGCUGGCCAUGCUGGAGGAAAUGAUGGUAGCAGAAAUUUCCAUCCGCCACCCCGUGGAGAUCCAAAUGCUUGGCGCCCCAGUGCCAGCAAUUUUGGCAGCAGACCAAAUAAUGGUCAUGAGCCUGGUAGCCAUUUCAACCAGACAUGGCAUAAUCAACGGAAUCCAAGAGAGAAGAUAAAUAUGCCACGUGGUAUUGGACCCAGGACUUUCAUCAGGCCAGUUCCACAAUUUUUUGGUCUAGCUCCAGGGUUUAUUAGUGGACCUCGUUAUCCUGGUCCUGCUCCUCCGAUGUAUUAUGUUCCUGCUGCUCCUCUGGAGAUGAUGAGGGGUCCUCGUUUUUUUUCACAUCCUCCCCCUCCUACAUAUCCUGUUGUGACACAAGAGCCACUAGACUUGAGAGCUAACAUAGUAAAACAAAUCGAGUACUAUUUCAGUGAUGAGAAUUUGCAGAAGGACCAUUACUUGAUAUCUUUACUGGAUGAACAGGGAUGGGUUUCUAUAUCUAAAAUCGCGGACUUUAAUAGGGUUAGAAAAAUGACAACAAACAUAUCCUUGAUUCUGGAUGCUUUGCGGAGUUCAGAGUUGAUAGAAAUUGAGGAUGACAAGAUAAGAAGGCGAAAUGACUGGUCAAAAUGGAUUCCGGCAUUAGCUCAGCAGGCAGUUUCAACAAAAUCUCAGCCUACAGAGGGCCAAUCUCCUGUCAGCAUGGAAAAAGAUGACAAUAAUGGAAGUAGUAAUGUUGGCAUCUCUGUUGAGAAUAAUGGUGGCCAAACUACAUGUGAAGAUGAAGAUGAGUGUUUGCCUUCAUUGAAUGAUUAUUCUAAGGCAGAAGUUAAGAAUAAUAUGGAAUGUAACAUGGUGAAGCUGUUAACUGUUUGUGAAUCAAUAGCAUGCAACAGAGAUGGUGAGGAAGGGAGCAAAGAAUUAGCAUCCGGACCAUUUUUGGACACUAAACAAGGAGAACCUUGUAGUGAAUGUAGCUGUGUGUUAGACAAGGAUUCUGUCAGCAGCAUUUCUGAUGUUAAGUAUAGCAGCAUUGAUAUUUCUGUUAGCUCUGUAAGCUCACAGGAAAAAAUCAAUCUUUCCAGUAGUGGUAAUCCUGACCUUCAGAAAGUAAACACGAGGUCAAAUAGGAGACCUGACAUGCCUAGUCUAGGAUGUUUCUCUAAUGCUUCUGCAAAUAAUGUGUCUCCCAGCUUUGCUGGGGAACAAAGCACAUUCAUGCUUGAUGAAGAACUGGAAUUAGAGCAGACAACAGGCCAAAAAGGCCAUCUCUCGUCAAACAGAAGGAUUGAUGAGGAGGAGGAUGAGAUGGAUGUUAAUGACCAAGAUGUGCAUAAACUUAUAAUCGUUACCCAGGAUAUUCGGAUAGAACAAGAUGAUAGAACUGGCUCAAGGGAAUCUGAACCUAUCUCGAAUGAGCUUGCAACUGCCAUCAAUGAUGGCCUUUACUUUUAUGAACAGGAGUUGCGAGCCAAACGAUCUAAUAAUCAAAGAAAUAAUCAUGGAAUGGAGAUGAAAGAUGGUGACUUUAAACCUUCCAGCCUUGGAAAUUCAUCUCCGAGUUCAAAGGCAAAUGUGAACAUUGUUGUAAAUAAUGGCCCGGAAGAGGGUGGACAUCUUAAUUCCCGGAGACGGCAAAAUAAAGGCACCAGCAAGUCGCAUUCCUCACAUAAACAGCGGUUGUUUCCUGGUAAUUUUAGAAAUCAUGGCAAUGGCCGUCACCGCAAUGGAAUUGUUUCAGAAAGCCCACCAAGCAAUUCAGUUGGCUUUUUCUUUGGGUCAACACCACCUGAAAAUUGUGGCCUGAUGUUGUCAAAAUUGAGUGGGUCUCCUCAUGGUAUUCUUUCUGGAAGCAGCCCGCCAGUGGGAUCAAUGCCAAAACCUUUUCCACCUUUUCAGCACCCAAGCCAUCAGCUUUUGGAAGAAAAUGAAUUUAAGCAGCAAAAGUACCUGAAGUAUCAUAAGCGUUGUCUUAAUGAACGUAAGAGAUUAGGAGUUGGUUGUAGUGAGGAAAUGAACACACUUUAUCGGUUUUGGUCAUAUUUUCUGAGAGACAUGUUCAACCAAUCCAUGUAUAAUGAAUUUCGUAAGCUAGCACUGGAAGAUGCAGCUGCUAAAUAUAAUUAUGGGCUAGAGUGUCUCUUUAGAUUUUACAGUUAUGGCUUGGAGAAGAAUUUUAAAGAGGAUUUGUAUGAAGACUUUGAACAGCUUACGCUUGAAUUUUACCAUAAAGGCAGUAUUUAUGGCCUCGAAAAAUACUGGGCAUUUCACCAUUUCCGAGAGAUGCGGGGCCAUAAUCGGCCUCUAAAGAAGCACCCAGAGUUGGAUAGGCUACUUAGGGAAGAAUAUCGUAGCUUGGAAAAUUUCAAGGCCAAGGAAAAGGUGGAGAAGGCAUCAGGGAAAGAAUGCAGCAGCAGCAGCAGAAGCGGUGGCUCUAACGAUCGAGAUAGAUCAACCAACUGUUAGUUAUGGCUGCAGCAUCUGUUCUCUGUGCACGAACCAAGGCAUAGGUUGGUGUGAAUUUUGGGCUGUUGACAUGGAAAACUUUGGUUUGGCUAGGAGGGUUCAGAGUCAGUAGGCUUUUAUCUUGUGCAGAUUUUGGAGUCCUCUGCCGGUAGUUAAAGGUGGCUGGGUCAGGAAUUCUUUUUUCCCUCCAUCCCGGAUUUGUACAUAAGGUAAAGGAAUAUAAAUAAUGACUGUAUCUGGAAUUGUGGAAAUGACAAAUAAGAGAGCUUGGAAUUAGCCAUGCUAUUUUAAAAAAAUUUAUGCCCUUA